AUGAAGGACCCGUCACCGAAGAGGAAGGUGGUUGUACGGCACUUGCCGCCUUCUCUUUCUCAGUCCGAUCUCUUAUCCCAAAUCGAGCCUCGUUUCGGUGAUCGCUACAAUUGGUUUUCCUUUCGUCCUGGGAAGUCGAGCUAUAAAAACCAGAAGUAUGCACGGGCCUACGUAGGUUUCAAGGUACCAGAAGACGUUUAUGAGUUCGCUGCGUUUUUGAACGGGCAUGUGUUUGUUAAUGAGAAGGGUGCUCAGUUCAAGGCCAUAGUUGAAUAUGCGCCAUCACAGCGUGUGCCGAAACCAUGUGACAAGAAAGAUCCUCGUGAAGGGUCUAUUAGCAAAGACCUUGAAUAUCUGGAAUUCCUUAAGCUAAUUGCUCAGCCUGGUUUAUUAGAUGUUCGAAGAGGAGGCAGAAGAGCCAGAGCAGUCUCUACAAACAAGCCAAGUUCAAGGCCCUCGAAACGGAACUCUGAAAAGAAAAAGUAUGUGGAAAAAGACGGUUCAAAAAGCAUUCUCCGGAAGACUACAUCAGACAUUGGCAGCUCCAAGCAAGAUUAUCAUCAGACAAAUUCAAGUGCAAAGGACUUACCAGAAACUGAAACUGUCUCUGUCAUCGACAGCUCUCUCCCAGGGAUUGCAUUGACUAUGGAUUCUGGAAAGAAGAAGAUUUUGCUCCUGAAAUCGAAAGAUAGAGACAAUCCCGGUAACCCCUCGCCACAACCGGUACAGCAGAUGGAAACUAAUCUUUCCGGAAGCUCGUCGGCUUCAAGACAGAAUCAGAAGAGUGAUCUUGGUGGGAGGUUGAUCAAGGGAAUACUUCAGAAAAAUGAGCUGCGACCAAGUCAGUCUUCAUCUUUUGUCCAGCCUGAGCAAAGAGGGGAACUCUCAGAAGCAGAAGACUUCAAGCGACCUCCUCGGCCAGCAAACACUCGAGCAGGGAGAGAGUAUCAAGUUUCGGGUACCAACAGUGAGAAGCAAGAGAGGCGUACAAGAAACAAGGACAGACCUGAUCGUGUUGUGUGGGCUCCUCUCCGUCGUGGUGAUGGGUCCAGUAUCAGCGAGGAUCAACCGUCAUCUUCAGUAGCAAAUAAUGGAGAAGUGAAAGAAAGAACAUUGUUGCAAAGACCUGGAGAAGUGGUGAAUUCUUCUGGUGGACAGUCUCUUGAAAAUGGUUCUGCUAGACAUUCUAGUCGCCGUGUUGGAGGUCGCAAUAGAAAAGAAGAUGGCUUUGUGAUAACCGGUGAGGGUAAAUCAUCCCGGAGAGGAGGAGGUGGUGGUGGUGGUGAAGCAAAUGUGGAUCCAAAAAUCAUCAUCGGGUACUUGAUAUAUUCACUUAACAUAUGGCUAAAUAUAUCAGCCGUUCCAAUGGAUUUUGUCCUUCAACGGGAAUCUAUAGAUCUCAAUCGAACAUGGGGAGUAACACUUAUCAACAUCACUCGGGUUUUUAUGGGGACGUUUGGUCCAGCGUUCCCUUUGAAGGUUCUUAGCGGUUCACGGUACCUGCAUCCCCUUUUGGCUUGUGCAGUUUUUUCAGACAAGUGA